GUGCUUGUGACGUAACUACAACAUAACCAAGAAAAAGUUGCGGAGAAAAAUAUUUACUGUUUAUGAAGUGAUGUAACAUGUUUUUAAAGCGCAAUAAAAAGGCCAAUGGACAUUUUUACUUGAAAUGGAGCAUCUUCCAAAUAGAAAAUAUAUUAUGGUAGCUUUUGAAGUAAACACUGUAGCGGUGCUUCUAAAUAUAGGAUUUAUUUUUAGGUUGGAGCUAGCCAUAGUUUGAAUCAGGAAUCUGUUCUAAAGCUGCAUUUCUAGAAGGUUUCUAAUAGUGACAAAAAUGGCGAAUGACUUAACAAUUAGAAGUAAAGAUAGACUACAAGAAAUUAGUAUGAAAUUAGAGCAAAGUCAUUUGGUUUAUUUACAAACAGAUGACAGUCCUUUGAAGUUACAACAGCGUCAUAAACUAGAAGGUUUCAUUAAAGAAUACCUAUGCCUUGUACCAAAUGAGAAUAAAUAUGUAUUUCAAGAAACUGCAGAUAUAUUGCAUAGAUCAGCAGCUACGUUACAAGACUUUAGUGGAUAUAGAGCAACAACUGCCUGGAGUGCUAUUUCCUUGUAUGCUGCUAAUCUUUUAGCUCAACCUUGGAGAAAAGAAUAUAGAACAUUAAGGACUUAUAGUGGGUAUUAUAAACAUGAAGUGGAAGCAAAUUUGAUUGGUGCAGAAUUAAUGUUUGAACAAAUGGGGUACAAACAUACAGGGUUAGGAGUUCUUACUUUAGAGGGUCCUAUCGAUCCUGAUAAAGUAUCCAGUGUUAGCAGGGAUGCAAUAGUAGCCUUUGUUGAGUGUCAGAUUUUAAAACAAAUAUGGGAGAGUGUUUCACAGAAUUGUACUGUAUCUUGGUUGGAAGUUUUAGAGUUCCGGGAAAAUCACGUUGGUACACCGGAACAAGCAAUCAGAGCAUUGAACUAUCGUUUCCUCGAAAAAAUGCAUCAAAACCGCUCAAAACCGGAGAGUUAUAGAGACUAUCAUUACCCGCAAGCUUCUUGCAUAGAUGCAGCGUCGCCGUCGGUUCCCUAUCAUAUAAUGCCUCCCAAUUAUAAUAUGCCUGUUUGUCAAGCAGAUUAUAGAUACAUCGAAGACACAAACGCGAUACCCGGAAAUUAUAGAUAUUUUCCACCAAUGGAUCAUAGCUUUGUGAAUCGAUGUAGUGCCUAUGGAUGUUUGCCGCAUGGUAACAAAUAUUUUAGCGGUGUCCCAAAUCCUUACUAUACCACAAUACCAACGUAUACCAGAGUACCAACCGACAGAUUAAUUGAGCUUGACAUGCCCGUAUCAGUUGCGAAUUAUGAUAAAGUGCAUAGUCGAAAAGCACGAAUAUCAGACAUGGAUGAAGUAGAUUUUUAUAGAAAACAAUCCAGCGACGACCAUUACGACUACGCGAAAGUCGAUACGAAGUCUGCGAAAACUGUCACCGACAGAAAUAAUUACGACUCUUGGGAUUUUGUGUAUAGAAAUUUAGAAAGUUUAGGCUAUUCCAAAGAUCUUGGCGAUCGAGAAGAUAUUUUACAUAAACGAGAAUGCGACUCCCGAACGACCAAGCCAAAAUCUUUCAAGCAAAGUGACAAUGAUGAGAAAUACAACACGUAUCGCUUUGAAAAAAGAAGGAACGGAAGAACUGACGCGAACGAGAUCGACUCGUCUUUGACGAACGGUCGACAUUAUCAUCACGAUACCUUACCUUUUAAAAAAAAGUCUUCGUCUUUCGAUUUAACAGAUUCCAACAGAUAUCAUGUUGAUGCUUCUCCCGAGGGUCAUCUAUCUUCCUAUAGUAAAGACAGAAAACACGGCAGUCAAACACUUCCCAUUCAGCGUUCUCACCGAUCCUCGGAUCAAAUUUCAAAAAUUGCAGAUACAUUAAAAGGUUUGGAGCUGUCUCAUUCGGGAAAAGAAGACGGAAUAAGAGAUGGAAAUAAAUGGAAUUGUGCUACUUGUACGUAUCUUAAUCCUUUGUCAAGAGAUAUCUGCGAAAUGUGUGGAAAGUCCAGGCAUAAAGGUAACGAGGAUAAACCAUUAGCAAGUGGUGGAAAAGAGUGUCCAAAAUGUACGUUAGUAAACGAGAAGAAUGUUUCGACCUGUGAUGCCUGUGGUGCCAAUUUAAAAGAUUCACCUACCUACAUUUAGAUAAACAAUUUGAAAUAAGUAUCAUUGUACGCUAUUCCAUGUAUUUAAAGUAAGCAAAAAUGGUAAGUGUAUUGCCUGGAUACUUCACGCUAUCCUAAUAUGAAUGUUAAGGUGUUUAAAAAAAACUGUUAUUACUUGUAAUGCUUGUCGCAACUUAUAUAAGUGGUAACAGAAUUUCUUAAUCACUUUAUCUAGACAAAAAUUUUAAAAGUAUUACCAUAUUAAUCGAAUUUACAAUGUCUGAAAUGUAUAAUGGAGAUAUGAAGUUAUUUAUUUAAAAUUGUUUGAGCACAGUAGAUUUGUGAUAUGGAUGUGUUAGUAUUGUGGUAAUAUUGUGGUGGCCUAUUACUUGAUUAAAAAAGGGUAACAAUGGGCAUGUGCGAAUACCAUUCUACAUCGAAUCAAAUCAAACAAAAAUUUGACCUAUUAUUUAAUAUACAACUCUUAAUGAAAUUGAGCUUUUAGAUAAUUCAACGACUUUAAUGUAUAAAAUCAUUAUUAAAUUCGCUUCUUGUUAAAGGUUUUACGUGUAGAUUUGAUUCGAUAAUACAGUAUUUAAAUAUAUUCGCGUGUUUACCUAAAAAUCAUGAAUGAAUAAAGAAUUAUUGAUUAUAUUUGAUAGCCUAAAUAGUUUAUAAUACUGAAAGUUAUAUAAAAACUAUUUAUUCUACGGCGUCUGUAUUGUAUCCAUAUGAAGAACUCAUACAAACUUGUAUUUUAGAAAAAGAAUCACGUUGGAUAUAUUGAAUUGUUAUUUAAGGAAAAAGAUAUUAAUCUGUACUGUUAUCGUAUAUGUAUUUCGUAAUAUUAUACAGCUGUUUAUGGCUUUUUCUUCUCUUCCAGAGAUUAAAGAAUUUAUAGGAUUGAAUUUAAUUUUCUUUGUUUGUUGAUUUUUAUACUCAUUUAAAGUUAUUAAUUUUAGAAAGUAUGUAACAACAAAAUUUUGGAAAAUAUUAAUAAUGAGUCCAAGGUUCAUUAUGAUGGUUGUCAAAUCAUCGUCAUUAAUAAUCAUUGAAACGGAUCAAUGACUUUCAUCAUCAAAUACUAGUCUAGUAACGUUGAUUGUAAAAUAAUUAUUCUUUCAGAAGUAGCUCAAUUAAAAUUUCAUUUUUAUUGUGAUUGUGGAUAUGAGAAAAAAUACUGAGUUAUUGUUUUAAACAUAUAGUAAUUUAUUAUUUAAAUAAUUUUUGGUUACCUAGAUAAUAUCAUUGUAGAAAUACAAUACUUACGUACCUAUGCAUCACAAAUGUAAAUUACACAAUUUAUAGACUGCACAAUAUCCAAAUUAAUAGAAAUAUCAUUUGAAUUUAAUAUUCUCUUGACAUUUAUACAACUCAAGUAUUCGUUUUAAAAACUUUAACAAACAAUUGUUUAUUCUAUACAAAAAGCCGUAUAAAAUACUUCGAUAUUUAUUUAUACAUUCCUAAUACAUCGAUCGAUCAGUUAAUAAUAUCUGAAUUACAUUUUGAGAAAUUUAGUUCUACUUUAGAUUGAUGUUAAAUAGUGUUAUAGGCCUGGUAGGCCUGUGCAUUCUUAUUUUGCUAAAUAAACUUGGAUUGAACUUCUACCUUAGAUGCUUAUUUUAGGUAGCAGUAUAUAACAUGAUUAGUAUGCAGGUAUAAUCAUGUAACGAUCAUUUUAUUCUAAGUGAAUGCAAUAAUUUUUUAUUUCAGUUUGAAUGGUUUAUAUGUACAAAGUUUGUUUUCCAUUUCUUGAAUUUGUUUCAUACGAUACGAUUUUCUAAAUUUGAAACUUUCAGUACAGUGCAAAUUAUCAUAAGAUAAAGUCAUACAUGGAUUAAGACUAAAAUAAAUUUGUAAUUUCCUUAUCAAAUCUUCAUUAUGUUUGGAAAGCACUCUUACCUAUCGAACUCAAAAUUUGUAAGAACAAUAAAAUUUAUAAUGCUAUAUUUCAAUGAAAAA